AUGUCAAUCAGGCUUGGUCUUGGAAGGAUUGGUAGACUGCUUGAAUUUAUAGGUAAUCCACAUCAGCAUUUGAAAGUAUUACACAUAGCUGGAACUAACGGUAAGGGUUCUGUCUGUACAUACUUAUCAACAGUACUACAACAACAGAGGACACAUUUUCGCGUUGGCAAGUUUACUACCCCACAUCUUAUCCAUGUUACAGAAUCGAUAUCAAUUAACGAUCAACCUAUACCCAACUCCCAAUACUUGUCGAUAAGAAAUCAACUUGAUAUCUUGAAUAGUGAGCAUCGAUUAGGGUGUACCGAAUUUGAGCUACUGACAUGCACCGCGCUACAAUAUUUCAAAGAGAUGGAAUGCCAUUGGUGUGUAGUAGAAGUCGGAUUAGGGGGGCGUGAAGAUGCAACAAAUAUAAUUCCAGGAUCAUUCAAACUAUGUUGUGGUAUAACUAAAAUAGGUUUGGAUCAUGAAAGUUUCUUAGGAAAUACAUUGGAAGAGAUAGCAAGAGAAAAGGCCGGUAUUAUUACUGAAGGUGUAGAGUGUGCUGUUAUAGAUGGCUCUAACGAUAAAACUGUCCUAGAUAAAGUGAAGCAGCAUUGCGAAAGUAUGCACUGCAAACUCAUUAUCACUGAAGGUUCAAUGAAUUCCCAUACUGUUCGUACUGCUGCAUGGGGAACAAUUGAAUUUAAUCAAAAGCUUCCAUUAAAUGGAGAAUAUCAAAUUUUUAACCUACGAGUAGCACUAGCUAUACUUGAUGAGUUACAAAGAUCUAAAUAUAUAAAUGUUAGCCGACAAGAACUUGUUGCAGGUCUAGAUCAAGUUCAAUGGCCAGGCCGUCUUCAUGAUUUAGAUUUUUGUUUCCUUUUAUCAGAGGGUGAUGAUAGAAAAAAACUUACAUUCCCUGUAUUAAUCGAUGGGGCUCAUAACGCCAGUGCAGCAAUUGAGCUUUCCAAACACUUACGUAAGCAAUUUGGAGAUAAACCAUUGACAUUUGUAAUUGCAGUUACAGCUGGGAAAAAUCUGAAUACACUACUCAGACCUUUACUCCGAGCCCAAGAUCGAGUAAUUGCCACGAAAUUCAGCUCUGUUGAUGGGAUGCCAUGGAUCCAACCAACAGAUCCUAAAGACUUGAGCUCAUUUAUAAAAAGCAAAUUCACCACCAACUGUAUUUCAGAGAAUAGUUUAUGCGAUGUAUUUAAUUUACUAUCUGAGGAAUAUUACCAUAAUGAUGCCUCUGAAAUAAGUCCAGUAAUUGUAUGCGGCUCACUUUAUUUAUGUGGUGAGCUGUUAAGAAUGCACAAGAGAAAUUCGCAAACUAAGGGCACUAAUGCAGAAAGCUCAUGA